AUGCUGAAUAAGAAGCAUGCACCUUCAGAUUUUGUCAACAGGUUUCUGCCCCGUGAAUUAGCUAUCCUCAAGACAAUCUCUCACCCCCAUGUGGUUCAUGUGUUUGAGCUCAUUGAAUUGGAAAAUGGGGUACAAUGUAUUGUCAUGGAACUGUGCCACACAGAUCUCCUACAGCAGAUACAACAGGAAGGACCUUUCUCAAUGUCAGAGGCCCAACGCAUUUUUUCUCAAAUUGCCAGUGCCUUGCAGUAUCUGCAUGAAAACAAUAUUGUUCACAGGGAUCUGAAGUGUGAAAAUGUGCUUUUAACACAUGAUCAGUCUGUUAAACUCUCUGACUUUGGCUUCGGGAAGCAUUCUGUUAACCCUAUGGAGCUGUGCAACACCUACUGUGGCUCUGCUGCCUAUGCACCACCAGAGGUAAGUUGAUGCCAACUCUUGUAGCACAAGGGACAGAAAAUAUUUCAGAAGAGGUAAACAGUAAGUUAUGUAUACACACUCAUAGCCAAUAGGUUAUGUAUAAACACACACAUAUAGCCUGUAAUAUAUAUAUAUAUAAAUAUAAAAUUAUAUAUAUAUAUAUAUAUAUAUAUAUAUAAAAGAUGUAAAAAACAGAUAAAAUUUGUAUCUUGUAAUACCUUUUUUAUUGGACUAACAGAAUUUUUUAAUGACAAGCUUUCGGGAGAACCUCCCUUUCUCAAGUCUGAAGUAUUUAUGAGCAAGACGACACAUCUCAUCUUUGAAUUCUAUGUGUCGUCUUGCUCAGAAAUGCUUCAGACUUGAGAAAGGGAGGUUCUCCCGAAAGCUUGUCAUUAAAAAUUUCUGUUAGUCCAAUAAAAAAGGUAUUACAAGAUACAAAUUUUAUCUGUUUUUUACAUCUACAACACUGGCUACAAUCUCUACUUGAACUGUAUAUAUAUAUAUAUAUAUAUAUUAGAAAUGGCAGCACUCACAGUCUUCAAUAAAAAUCUUCUUUAUUUGCAAGGUUAAAACAUGAGAACAACAUGAAAUUAAACACACAUAUAUAAUAAAACCAGGGGCUGCACUCACCUGGACAUACAUAAACUGGGUGCUGCUGGGGCCAAUUUUUACAAUACAAGAGACAGCCACUCUUUGGUUUUGCACCCCUCCUUGUAACAGGUGCCUCAUUUCAGGGCCCUAUUUAGCUUUGUAAUGCGGAGAGUCCAAGAUUGAAUUUUUUCCCCAAGUAAGUGGGUUAAUCUCAUAAGAGCAGACGUUAUGCUGAUAGCGUAGGACCUGCCAAAGAUGGGGUACAUUGACAUUGUGGCAGGCUUAUGUAUUGUAUGAUCAUAUACUGUAACUAAACCCCCAUUAUUUUUGCCUCGAUUAGGUGUGCACUGUAUCUGGUGUCUUUUAUAUUCUAUCUAUCUAUCUAUCUAGUUUGUAUAUAUAACCUACAGUUUACCUCUUACUAAAUAUUUCCUGUCCCUUGUACUAAAUUUGCUUCUCUCACUAAUACUUACUAGUGUAAGGGUUUGUUAAUAUGGUCAUAUUUAGCCCAUGGCUAAGGACAUAGGGACAGGUAGCCACUGUUGGUGGGGGUUCCAGGUGGGCCAAUAUUUUCAUGGCCAGCUAAUUGGUACCUUUUAAGAAAAAACUCCUGGCAUUUACUAGCCAUAUUUAUCAUAAUUAUAUCACCCUCCACCCAGCAGGUGUAGAAAGAGAUAGAGGCCACUCAUAAGUCUCAUACCAUUUAAUAUGGUUCAAUGGACUUCACUUUUAUAUGAAUUAAUUAUUGGUCAUAGUGAGAAUCAACUGGUUAUCUUAAGGUUUGGGAGUGGAUCAGCUCUGUUUAAUUGCAUGCUGAGGUCUUACAGACUCCAGAAAAUAUAAAUGUAUUUAUUUGAAUUUCUCUUUCAGUGGACAGCAGCAUAGCACUGUUCUCCACUGCAGCAAUAAAAAGGUUAAUUGGUGUGGCAUAACUCCCCUAGCAAGACGUUUUACCUGGGCUCACUAGGAAGAACAUUUAUGCCAAAAAUUUUUAUUUUUAGUCAUUGAAACUGCAAUAACCUUUAGUAAAUAGCAAAUUGUGUCAUGGUUUCUAUGGUUUACUGUGAGGUGAUAUGACUCUAGUCAAAGCCAUUUACUGAUUGGAAAACAGUUGUUUAAAGGAACACUCUGGGCACCAAUACAACUUUAAUGCAUUUGAUGAGAUUUUGCACUCAUUAAUAUGCUGUAUUUUUUGCAUGUUAAACUUUUUAUAAUUGCGCACAAUAACUUUUUUUUUCAGAAUGCUGCACCUUAAGCCUGCCUCAUUAGCCAUGCUCCAUCAUGCCAGAAAUACUUCCUUAUCAAAUCCACUCACGCAGUCUCAGCUCCAACCCCACUGAGCACUGAGAGCUGCUUUCAUUUUGCAACCUGGCUGUAGAUAAACUAUAAACAGGUAGUACUAUUUAUACUAUAUGCCUCACUGAGUGUCCUCUUCUUCUAAUGCAGGUAGCUUUAUAGCUCAGAUCAAUUAUGUGAGGGGGCGUCGCUAAGAAGGCAGGCUUAUGGAGAAGCAUUCUGCAACAUAAUUAUUUUUUGUGUAAAAACAGUAAUGAUUUCAGCAAAAAUACAGCAUAUUAAUAAGGCCAAUACUCAUCAAAUGCAUUUAAGUUGUAUUGGUGCUCCGAGUAUCCCUUUACUGUAACAUGGAGAAAUACUGUCAUGAUCACUGUCGAUGACUUUCAUGAUCGUCACCAAAACUGAGAUACUGAAAACCUCAAUCCAACAACAUGGGAUUCAUUAUAGUGUCACCCAUGUUAAUACGAAUUUUUUUUUUUUUAAGGUUCUGUUGGGGAUCCCAUAUAACCCAAGGAAGUAUGACAUAUGGAGUCUUGGUGUGGUUCUCUACAUUAUGGUAACUGGCAAAAUGCCUUUUGAUGAUUCCAACAUCAGCAAGCUUCCAGAAAUUCAACAGAAAGGAGUGGAAUAUCCAAACUUUAUCACUAUCAAUGAAAAGUGCUGGAGUCUAAUCAAGAACCUACUAAACUUCAGUCCUUCUGAUCGACCAGAUAUCAGCACUGUGGCAAGGUUCACCUGGCAAGGAACACCAAAGUCUGAAAGAAAGCCUAGCCGGCAGAGUGAUAAAGAAUGA